UCGAAUUCUCGGUCAAGACAAGAGGUCAUCGACCUUCUUCGGGUAGCAGAGCUGCAACUCAAGUGGCCGUGAGAGAAUUUAAAAGAAGAAGCGAAAGUGCACAUCUACCUUCUGAAGAGAUUUCGCUUAUCGGAGAACACUUGAGGGUUAAUUUUAAGCCCUUUUCCGAAGGCGAAACUCGUGUGGACGACUUUUAGGUCACUGUAAUGAUCAGCCAUCAUGGCGUGGCCGGCAGCAACGACUCUAACGAGUCUCCUGGUGCUGCUGAUAACGCUUGCAGCAUGCUCCUCGUCCAGGAUUAUCGUCACCACCCAGGCUCCAUUUGGCAGAAUUCUAAAGGCCGUGAAAUUGCACGGAGGAUACAUGGAAGUCAUCCAGGAACAGAGGUGUUCUCACGGUCUGCUUCGAUUAACAUGCAGAUCAUUGAAAGCGUUUAUAUUCAUCUUGCAAGCGGAAUAUCACGCGAAUCAUACAGAAUUAUGUUUGAAGGAAAAAAAUUUGGAAGAACUGAGGAUGUGGGAACACAAAGGUAGCACACGACGAUGGAUAGAUAUGAGAGAGCUUAAAGGAAAUUAUAUCCUUGACGACGAGGACAACAAAGCCGACGUCGUCGAUAUUCGAUCGUCCUUAAAUAAAAGAUGUUCCGGCCAAAAACAUUGUCGCUAUAACGCGACCAUUGAUCAACCAGGAGCGCAUUCUUGGAUUCCAGGUGAAAUCUUAUUGAAAUAUGCUUGCAUACCAGAAGCUGCGGUUAAACGAUAUUGCAACCAAGAGGUGAAGGUGACCAUCGGAGAAGGAGGUUAUAUCAACACACCGGGUUAUCCGCUGUAUUAUCUUGGACAAAGUGCGUGUGGAUGGACCUUCAGGACAUUUCCGGGUCAGAGGAUAGUUCUGAUCUUUCAUGAUUUAAACAUCCGCGGCCCGCAGAUGGACGGAAGUUGCGUAGACAUUGUGCGAGUGCGAGAUCGUGGCAGCACUCUCUUCGAGUUCUGCGGCACCGCGGCCGGUACUCGGAUCGUUUCGAAUUCGAAUGUGUUGACGCUCGAUUUCGUCGCUUCCAGGAGGCUCUACAGCGCCAGAGGCUUUUUGCUGCAGUAUCAAGCAUUAGGCUGUCCGGAGAUCUUAGCGCCGAACGGAAGUUACGUGUCGAACGGUACUUUGACUUCGCGGACAUUCUCAUGCAAGUCGGGCAGCGUGUUUCCCGACAGCAAAGAAAGAAAAAGAACGCUCGAGUGCAAGAAUGGCAAAUGGAACGAGACCACCACUAAGUUGCCUGCUUGCGUGGCCACAUCAGCGGUGAUCCUAAAGACAGAGAACGACCAUCAUCACUUAUCCAGCCUGUCUGGGGAUAACAUUUUCGGGACGGGGGUAAGAAUAGGACGUGGCGAGGACGCAGUCGCGAGUGGUAGCAACAACCCCGUUAUGGAUUCAGCGCAAUCGGCCAUGAUGAAGCAAGCGGACUACGUCGUAGACUUUGUGCUGCCAACAGUUCUAAUUGCUUUGCUGUUCGUCGGCAAUGCGGUCAUCGUAUACAUCAUCUUUCAAUUUAGAAAGAGAAGACUUCCAGCCACGAUACAAGGUGAAGAAGUAGCCCUUCGAGGUCCAGCGGAUGUGCCCCAAGUGUGAUUCUAGGAAUCCGGACUGAUUGCGUAUUUGUGGCCACUGGUAUCAGCAAAGAAUCAUCGAUGUGAAAGCUAUCGCGAAAAUGUCACUCGCAGGGUCGAUCCCUGAAGAACUUCAAAGUUAUCGCGAUGAUUCCGCGCAAUUAAUUAAAAUAAAAUUACGCUCGAAAAGGCAAGAAGAAAAAAGAAGAUAUGUCUUUUCGUAGCAUUUGAGGAUGUCAUACGUGAUUUUACUGUGCAUUUAAUACAAAAAGUGGCUGUCUAAAUUCUGAAAUUUUCUCUGAUAUAUUCUCUGAU